ACAAGACUUGCUGGAGGUCUUACAGCCAGGCUGCUUGAUCUGGGAAUGGGGCCACAGUCUAGCCAUGGAACCCUUUUGUGCUCAGGCACUGAAGUGUCACGAGUGUAAUGCCAUAGGGAACUGCUACAACCCUACAUCUUGCAACAGCAUAAGCCGCUACUGUUUGACCUCCUGGUAUGCACCCCCAGGUCAGCAAACAACUGUGACAAAAACAUGUGCAUUUACCUGCCCUGAUGCCCAUCAGAACACGAGUAAUUCCAAGGCUUCCUGCUGCAACACGGACCUCUGCAACAGUACAGUGAGCCUGCAUGCCAGCUGGGCACUGCUGAUACUCAGCAUCUGCUUUAUUUAUCUCAACCGAUAGGCACAGUUCUCCCACAUAGGCUUACAAGCUGCAGAGGUAGGAGUUUGGAGCUGGACUGUUUCGUAGCUGUAGGCAUGGUACCUCUUCAACUCUAGUCAGAAGGAUUCCAAGAGAGAAUGUUCA